CAUCUCUUCUCAUGGCAGCUAUAGGUAAUAUCAAUCAUUCCAUUGAAUCCCAAAACCAACACCAAUCCACAUCCAUUAUCACUGAAUUGACCAACCGAAUGACAGAAGUCUUGACCAAGACUUCAGCUUCGACCCAGACCACCGAAACUUCCGCUCCUCCAUUAGGCAUCAAGUUGGACGGCACCAACUACGCUCUUUGGUCCUAAGUGGUUGAGAUGUACAUCUCCGGCGAAGAUAAAUUGGGAUACAUCAACGGCAAUUUCCACCAACCUCCACAAACUGAUCCAUCCUUUCGAAAGUGGCACACAAACAACGCCAUUGUCAAAGGAUGGCUGAUCAAUUCCAUGGACCCAUCGUUGAUCAACAAAUUUAUUUGAUUUCCGACUGCGAAACAGGUGUGGGAUUCUAUUGCUACUACUUACUUUGAUGGAAGUGAUACUUCUCAAGUAUAUGAUCUUCGGCGGCGUGUGACACGCCUGAAAUAAGUCGGUGGUUCUCUUGAAAAAUAAUUUACUGGCUUCCAAGGAUUAUGGUGUGAAAUUGAUUUCCGUCGUCCAAACCCCAUGGAAUGCAUUAUUGAUAUUCAGCACUACAACGACAUGCUUUAGGAAGACCAAGUAUAUGUCUUCUUGGAUGGCGUCGAUGAUUGGCUUGAUAAGGUUCAAGGCGAUGUAUUAUAGAUGCGUCCGUUUCCCACAAUUGAACAGGUGGCUGCUCAUGUUCGUCGGAAAGCUAUCCGGCAAACUGUCAUGACAACUAGUGGUCACACUGAAACUCCAGGAGCAGUUCUGGCCUCAAAAAGUUUCAGACCAAGGCAGUCCACUCCGCCCUCUACCGAGUCUCUAUCUCUAGACAAUGGAAAAACAGGUAUGCCUUCUAAGCCGCGAGCCUCAUCUGAUGGAGUCAAGUGUUCCCAUUGUGGUAAUCUAAAACAUACUCGUGACACCUGCUUCAAACUACAUGGAUAUCUCAACUGGUGGAAUGAACUUCAGGCUCGCAAACAUCAUGAUGGAGAACCAGGUAAGGUUGCGGUGGCUACAGCAGAACCGAGUCUCUCUCUCGAGACCUCUCAAGGAGAUUUACCCAUCACCGAUCCAGGAUAUUCUUACCAAGGAGAUCAUUGGGCGUGGUAUUGAGAGAGGGGGGCUAUAUUAUGUAGAAGAUUUCAAUAUGGGCCGUGCACAUCACAUGCAUCCUCUGAUUAACAAACAAGAGCGACAACUUUGGCUUUGGCAUCGUUGGUUAGGACAUCCGUAUUUUGGUUAUAUGAAACAUUUAUUUCCUACUUUGUUUUCUACUAUGUCAAAAUUGGACUUCAAAUGUGACACUUGCAUUCUAGCUAAGAGUCAUCGAACUACAUAUCCUUUAAGUAUGAAUAAAAGUGAUGUUCCCUUUGCUUUAA